CUGUAGUAGGAGGCCAUGGAGUUUGAAAGAGUGCUGAAGGAAGUUGGUGGCUUCGGUCUUUUCAACAAGACAAUCAUGGUCGGAGCUCUGGUGCUAGCAACUUGGAACACGGCCCUGUGUUACUUCUUUCAUGUAUUCGUGCUAAUCGCACCACCCAGCCAGUGGUGCUUUGUCAACGGCACUUCACUCGAAGACUUCUCGGAUGCUAGCGCGUUGCCUCGACGGCGCUGCCAAAUGGUGAGUUUAUCCAGUGACGGCGCUAAUGCCAGCUUCGCCGACGGCAGUGCGGCAACUUGCCCUACGGGUUGGAAGUUCGAUCCCACUGAGUUCUUCACGUCGGUCACGAUGGAGAAUCAGUGGAUAUGCGGCGAAAGCUGGAAAAUGUACGCUGUCCACACCGCUUAUUGGUCAGGAUCGAUGACGGGUUACUUCGUGUCAGGAUUUCUCGCCGACAAAAUUGGCCGCAAGAAGACGGCCUUGCUGCUAAUAGUGGUGGGAUCCACGUGCAACCUGCUCGGUGCCUUCUUCUCCCAGUUCGUUAGCUACACGAUCCUCAAGUUCUUCGCUGCCGCAGGCUCUUACACGGUUACGACGACAGUAUUUGUGUUAGUGAUGGAGUACACCAUAUCAGAAAAAAGGACCCUGGUUGCCUUCAUCUGGGCCACAAGUUGGACUGUACUGGCCACCAUGCUGCCCUGGUACGCGUACCUCUUGCAGAACUGGAGGGUGCUCAUCGCUACGAAUGCCUCCAUGAGCGUGUUUUUACUCGUCAUCUUCUGGUGGGUCCCAGAAUCAUCUAGUUGGCUGUUGUCCGUGAACCGCAAGCAAGAAGCCCUUGUCAUCCUCCAGAGGAUUGCGCGUAUAAACGGCAAGGACGCGUCAGAAGAGCAACUCGAUAAGCUUCUGAAGAAGACAGCCAGCGAUGUGCAGAACCACGCCGCCGCUGAGGAGGCUCCGAGCUUCUGGAAAGGCACUCUGCUCAUGCUCAAGUCGCCUAACAUAAGAAAGAUCAUGGUGCUAAUAUACCUUGGCUGGUUUAUAGUUUGCAUGUGCUACAACGUGACCACCCUGGAGCUGGGACGGCUUGGCCUGAACAUAUACUCAACGUACUCGAUCGCCAUCGCAUGCGAGUUGCCCGUGAACAUCAUAUGCAUCUCUUCGCUGGACAAACUUGGACGACGCUGGCCGAAUUCCAUUUUUAUACUCAUCGGUGGCACUGUCUGCCUCGUUAUGUGGCUACUUAGGAGCGAGUCGGCCACCUGGACGCUCGUGAUGGCGACCAUGCUCAUUAUGGCGUUCGCCGGCGGCUACAACAUCACGUACCAGAUGGCGUCGGAAGUGUUUCCCACCAUCGUCCGCGGUCGCGCCGUGCUGCUUCAGAGGCUGCUCGGAGAUGCUGGUGGAUUGCUCGGCGCACAGGUCGCCUCCCUGGCUGAACUGGACGAGUACUUGCCGAUGCUCGUGAUGGGCUGCCUAGCUUUGCUAGGCAGUGUGCUGGUCUUCUUUCUGCCGGAGACAGUAGGCACCGCCAUGCCGCAGACCAUUGAGGACGGCGAGCGCUUCGGCCGCGAUCAGGGCCUGUGGUUCUGCCCUCUGUUCACUAGAGAUACAGAAGAUACCACACAGGGCGAGUCACCAAACAAACGAAGGCGAGGAGUCUUGUCUUUCCACAAGAAAAUGCCGGUUACAGGUCAGCCAGCAGUCAACAGGGCCUUCGAUAACAAUGAGUCGGUCGUGGCAACAGUUUACAAUGCCGUUAGGUGAAACUUCCCGUAUCAGCUGUCUGCCACGGCUGGAGAGGCCCACAUCGUUUCACUCCUAUGCUGCGCUACAAACACUGCCAUCACAACUCGUUUCCUGUGUUCCGUGCUCAAGCAUUCAUGCAGCUCGUGCUCCGAACGAUAACUCUGCAGACACAUCGUUCUGCGAGAUAAUAUUGAGUUCUUGUGGGGAGUUGCGAGCAACCACGCCACCUGCUGCUGCCCUUUAUGAAGAAAAGCAUAUCUCGUAAGCGACAGAAGAACAUUCAUCGCCAUAGUAUUGCACUUGGGUGAGCAAAGAUGGACUGAUGGCGUUGCCUCGUGGGCCAAUAUUGGCGUGUGCGGGUGGAUGAGGUAUGGGCCACUCCCACGGUGACUUUGCUUUUAAUUUAACUCCAAUUUGGCGAAUUGUUUCUCGUCUUGCACUGAUCAGAGGUGCUUCACUUCGGCUGACUGUGCACGAUCGAGAUAAAUAAAGGUACAUGACCUACUUGACGAGUUUCUUUAGGAAGAAAAUUUCAAUUGAAAGAAGGCGGACAGGUGGGCUUGAGCUAGCGUGCUCUAAUCUGCUACUCUUCACACGGGAAGGGGGAACGUGGAUAUGAAGGUGAGAUGACGGAUGACGGUGCCAUUCGUUCAGCGAAGCCUGUGGAAUUGCUGCUAUAUUUCACAUAAAGGAAUGGAGGGAGAUAAAAGGAAGUGAUCGAGCUUGUUAUCGCCAAAAGCACGUUUUGUAAGUUUGGUGACAAAUACUAUACAUUGCCAUGUGCGAAAAAAAUCUUAACCAUUUCACUCUGUGAUGGGGGAUGACCAGCGGAGCUGCAUAUAUGGUGCUGAAUAUGUUGAAAAUAAAUACGAUGAUUGAAAAUGAAAGACA